GAGAGAGAGAGAGACUCACUCUCACUCCUCCUUCAGUCCCUCCAGCCACGCACACACUGGCAGAGCAGAGCUGCUGUCUGUCUGUCUGUCUGCAGAGGCUUGUUGUACAGUAGCUGCUGCCUUCCUGCCUUCCUGCCUUCCUGCCUGCUUGGAUUAUAAACUGCUCCCUUAAACUCUCAGAUCGGACGGUGAAAGAGACAGAAAGCAGAGUCCUGUUCUUCUUCUCUCAGUGUAGGACAGAGAGGACAGAGAUGAUGGAGACCAAACUGUGGAUUGCUCUUGUUGCUCUGCUGCUGGUUAACCUGGGAUCUACUACUGGACCUGAUGAUGCACACCCUGCUGCCUCCUCUGCUUCAGAAAGUACUCCUGGUGGUGAGGCGGCUCCUGAGGCUCCGACUCUGCCUGGUUCUAGUCUGGACCCCAUCGCUCCUGUUACUACUGCACCGUCACUGAACGGCUCUGACACAAACACAAGUUCAGGAAGAACCAGCACUUUGAGUACCAGCACAGCUAAAGAAGAGGAAACCAUCCCUGUGACACCCGAACCAAAGAACGAUAAUGCUACCACUACCGCCCUCCCCUCAGAGCCUGCCGUUCCUGAAAACAGUGGAAACCCUUCAAAUCAGUCACAGCCUUCAGUUCCUCCAUCUGGGAGCCACGCCCCCACCUCUCACGCCCCCCCUACCACCACCAUCCCCACCACCAUCCCCACCACCCCCACCACCGGCCCCCCACACUCAGCUCACACCACCACUGACACAACGAUCACCACGCCACCCACAAGCACGCCACAUCAUGCUGCACCUCCUGACACCGUUACGCCACCAAAGUCACCCGCUCACAACGAAACACACUCAUCCACUUCUGUCCCAACACCUGAGCCAACAACGCCCGAAUCUACUACCACUAUUACCACCACCACUACUACUACUACCAUCAUCAUCGCCCAGUCCAGUUCAACAUCCAGCACCAGCUCCUCUCAACAGCCCCCCAAUCCUGAGUCGACGACGCUCUCAUCUCCACAAAGCACUACAAAUUCCUCCAGCAAAGCCCACCUGACGACCACCAUCAACCCGCCGAGCAGCUCCACCGCCAAACUCCACGUUGACACCCCCUCCCAGCUCAACGUUGGGGAUGACAUGACGAUGGUCCAUGAUGCGCCCACUUUAGACCCCCUCCUGGCUGGCCUGGUGUCAGCCUUCAUCAUCACCGCGGUCAUCAUCACUCUGCUCCUCUUCCUCAAACUGCGCCGGAGAGACAACCGACCAGAGUUCCGCCGGCUGCAGGACCUCCCUAUGGACGAUAUGAUGGAGGACACACCCCUGUCCAUGUACAGCUACUGAUGGAGGCACGACUGAAACACUUUGGCACCCAAAUACUCUCCCUUGAAUCCAGGCUCAUGCUGCAGCGGCUGUCGAACCCGGCCUUUUCUUCCUUAAUCUGCACCAAACACAGAGAAUCCUGGGUAGGUGUGAGCAAACUUAUCUAGAUAGCUUACACGCAGGAAAAGACGUGAUUGAAGCUGCAAUGGACAAUGAAGAUAUCGCCCAUGUUGGGGUCCUUUUGGUCUAUUUUAGUGCCUGUAAUACAAAUUAGACCCACGCCUCUGUUGAAUACUGUAUGCUUAAUAUUUUUCAGCCCAUGUUUUGGGGUGUGGGAGUUGUAUAAUAUAAUUUGAUUUCCCUAGCGUUGAAAAGGGUAGGUAUAAAUCAGGAGGCAACAUCAUUGGUUGUCUAGUCAAACCUGGACACAGAUUCAGCCUGUCCUGCCAGACUCUUAGUUGAGGGCACUGGUUUAAUUUCCCUGUUAGUGUUAGAAAGUCUGGCCGAAAAAAGUCUGGCUGAGAGGAAAGAAAUGAACGUAACAAAUGGCCUGAUUAUAGUGUUAAAAAAAAAAGUUGCACUUUACUUUUUCAGGAGUGGGAAAAAAUGGACAAAUAUGUUUGUGUGUGUGAGGAAAAUUGCUUGUAAGUGCAGGCAUAGCAGAGUGUGUGUUUGUUUGUAGGCGUAUGAGUCUGUUAAAGGUGUGUGUGUGGAUUUUUGAAGGCAUGAUGGGAUAUUUAAGUGUUUUCUCUUUUUAUUUUCGGUUUCUGUGUUGAAGGUCCUGCUGCCUUUUGGCCUGAUUUUGAUAUUUGUGUUUGUUUUUUUGUUGUUUCUUUCCUGGAACCUUGUGUCCAGGAGAGAGUGCCUUACACAGUAUAGGAACAGCUCUUUAUUGUAUAUUUAUAUUCAAACCAACUAACUUCCAGAUUUACCAGUCAUUCCCAGUGCUUUGUUUGAUUCCCAUUUAAACGCACGCACACACACUCCGGUCCGGGUAGCUGCUCCGACUUGCCUGUGUUUGAACACGUAGCCUUGAGCGUGUUCACCAUGAGGCGCUCAUUCAUACGAUGACAGUUGCAGACAGAAAUUGGCCCAGUGGCCUUUUUCCACACAAUGUUGGCAUUGUCCUGUGCGUUGUAAAUACUACUGAUGAUUGCAUCAUGCAAAGACAACUUUAUGAAAGUCUUCAUCUUAGUUGCUGCUUUAGCGUUCACCAGUCACAUGUUGUUACACGGACAAGUGUAAGCAAGGCAAGUUCACAAAUAUUCCAUUGAUAAUACUGUAUCUGCUCGGCAAAUGUGCAGGAAAAUGUGAGUGGAAAUGAGACACGUACAGGAAGACGGAACAACCCACGUCGAUAGAAAUCAGUUGGAGCGAAUACUUGAGUUCACUAUUCAAAUCUUGUGCCAUGAAUAACUACAGAUGUGUGACAAAAUAAAGGGGACAUAUCAUGAAAAAACUAUUUUUUUCAGUGCUUGUGCACAAACAGAGUGCCUACCAACCCUGAACAAACUGUUCUUUGUGGGCUGCCUAGAUCAGAAAACAUGUGAUUCAACAAGCCAUUCAGAUUCGGUUCCCCUUCCUAUGUCACGUGCAGCCUCAUUAGAACAGUGGUUCCCAACCUAUUAUCUUAUCUCGUAUCUAAGAAAAAUAAACUUUCUUUAAUGAAUAUAACUUGUCAGUGCCUCUCUCUGCAUACGGCGGGCGGGAGAGCAGUGAAAAUGUUGUUUUUGAAAGGCUAAACGCCAAAAAAUAUGGAUUGAAACAGAUUAUUUAGUUGGAUAAAAAACGUCAUUAUCCAACAUGGCUACACGCACUGCACUGGAGCUCAUACUUGCUGAGGCUAUUAAAAUCGACGAAGGCGACGCCGGAGGAGAUGGUCUGUUCGUCCUUUACAUGCACAGAGAUCUCUCGAUGAGGAAUUGAACCGUGUUGUGAGGUCGAUGCGUGAAAUCGAUGAGGAAAUGCACUUCAGCUUCUUCCGUAUGCCCGCUACCUGUUUUGAUGAGCUGCUGCAUCGCAUCAAACCAUACAUUCAACACAAAAGUAAUUCUACUAAUAAUAUUAGUGGAGCCUGAUCUUUAUCUGCGACUGUGCAGAAAAAGUUAAACACAAUGUGGCCUACUAAGUUGUAAAAAAAAAAAAUGUUUGUAGAGAUUAUUCAGUAAGUAUGUUAGUAUGAUUUUAGUUGUACAUGUGCAAAUCUAAUUUUGACAAC